AUGUCCACCAUAAGCACUGCAAACCAUUCAGUGCCGCGUGGUAACUCAACUAAUGAUCUGUUGUUCAUGGAGAGCAGGUUCACUAAGCCUUCAAGAUCGAAACUACAACAUUAUCAAUAUCACCCGAAUGUUCAAAACGGCUACGUGAUUCAACCUAGACCUCUACCAAGAGCUUCUAGUGUGCCUUCAAUACCACAGUUCUCAAUUCAGAAUGGGCAAAGACCUUCAAUGCCAAAGAGUCAAACUCAACAAUUAUACCCAAAUUUGAGACCUUCAACAAGCAUGAAUCAUAUUCCAGCAUAUAGAAGAAACUCUCUGAAAUCAAAUAGUAUUCAAAUGAAUGGAGUUGUGGGAAUCAACACACAACAUUCAUCUUAUACACAACCUUCAAACAUGGGUCAAAAACGUCGUCAUAGCGCAAAACCUACAGCAUCAUUUACCUUUCCAAAUGGUGAGGUCUAUACACCUAGAAAUAAACAAAGGGGAUCACAGACAAGUUUGGCAACCCUACACAGGCUUCAAACUGCUAAACAUUUUCAAGGAGGUAUACAAUCUUCACCUUCUUUGGUCUCACCUCCUUUGUCCUUUUCAGCCUCACAACAACACAUCACUAGCGUUAGACCUCCACAGCAACAUGCACAUUCAAUUUCAUCUUCAGCCACUCCUACAACUGCAAUAACAACUCCAACAACUUCACCUCCAGCAACUAAUGUUCAAACUGCAGAACAGGAUUUGUCCCUUUUGACAACAGGAAGUAAUAGUUAUUCAUCUUCCCCAAGUCCAUCAAGAACAUCAAGAACUAAUAGCAGUGUGAAUGAAAGUACGCCACCUUCUUCCAUUGAUGAUUUGACGAUCCAUACUACAAACAAAGCUGAUCUAAGUCAAUUGCCCCCACCUUUGCAACAUUUUGAAGUCACACCUCUUAAUAAUCUGGGAAAAAUUGAAGAACACGCUGUUAUUGAUCAAGAAGUUAAGACCACAACUUCUACACCUACAAGUGAAUCAACUCAAAAGACUUUAGAGGCACAAGCUCCUAUUGAAAGUACAACUAUUGAAAACAGUGUUAAUAAUUCUAAAGAAACUUUAAACUUACAAGAAGAUGUUGAUCCUAAAGAGCCAGACCCCGUUUAUUUGGGAAGUGUGAAGGGAUCUAAAGAUGCAGAACCACCAAAGCCUAGUCCGGUGCCUGUUUCAGCGCCUGUUUCUUCAUCACCUGCUCCAGAGAUCAAGUUUCAAACAGUUCCAAAGACUCAAGUAAAAUCAUCACCGGCACCUGUUGUUCUUCAAACACCAUUAACUUCAAAACUUGCAUCCAAAGUCUCUUCAGCCAACCCAAAUACCAAAGUUGAAAGAAAGCAGUCAUUAUUAAAGAGGAUUUUCUCAAAAGUUUUUUCUUCUGAUCAUAAGAAGAAAUCAAAAUCCAUUAAAAGAAAAAAUGAUGAGAAGGUGGAAGUGAAAACACCACAUUUCAAUCCACCAGCAAGAAGAUCACAUCCAAAUGAAGUGGUGAAGGAAUCGCAACCGGUAAAGCCAGUUACUACACCAUCAGUUGCAGUUGUCAAUACUUCUCAUACUUUGAAUCCAGAAGUUGAUACCUCAGACGUUUUUUCAUUUGUUGAUGGUGAUGAGGAUGGUGGCAUUAAAGUCAAUACACCAGAAGAGGAAGAGCAUGAUUCAGACUCGAGUGAUUUUAAAAGUGAACUAGUUUUGGACAAGUUAUUUUCAAGACUUUCUACAAAUGAACCAUCUGAGCAAGUUUAUAAAAAGAUUACAGAUGAGAAAAAGAAAAGGAAAGAAGAACCAAAAUCUCAGAAAACUGAUAUGAAAGCUUUUACUCCCGCUCCUGUUGAUGAUGAAGAUGAGAUCAUACAAUUUGAUGAUAUGGAAUUGAUUGAUAAGAUUAUUGAAUUUGGUGAAACCCCAUUUCCUGAUUUGGCAUCCACUGAUCUUGGACAAUCACAAAGAAAGCUGCAGAGAUCUAAAUCCAUUGAGCGUAAGAAGUCAAUUAGAUCAAUCAGCUCAUCAUCAGCAAGACAAUUGGACGAUGUUAUUACACAGUCAGUUCCAACAAUUUUUGUUUCUAAACAGCCAAACCUUGAAGUUAUCUACUCAAAUCAACCAAAAGAUCCAUUCCCAUUAAUUCAAACAAGACCUUCAAUCUUAAAGAAGAAAUCUUUAGAAAUAACACCAUCCACUAAAAAAGUUGGUUUCACUAAUCAAAUUUUUGUCAACAACACAUACCCUUCAUACGUUUACAAUCGUCAUUCACGUUCAUUAUCAAGUUAUUCAUUGAGUCCCCAACUUAUUCAUCAAAUUCGUCAUGAAUUGAACGAUUUCAAGAGAUCAAUGACCGUUCAUGAAAUGAGUAAAGGAAAUACUCACUACUUCCGUGCAUAA